AUGGCGUCGUAUGAUCACGACCCAUCGGAGAACUUGGUCACACGGAGCCACAAGACGAGACCGCGGAGUCGUGCGGUCAAGAAGCAGGAGAAGAAGCAGAAGAAGAGGAUCGAGGCGGGCGACGUGACGAUGGAAGAAAAGAAGUUGCUUUUGAGACGACGCGCGAGUUCCCGGAACGUUCGUGAGCUGCACGAGGACAGAGACGGGGAGGAGACAAGAGACAGGGAUGAGGACGAGGACAGAAAAGGGGAUGGGUCGCAAGAGCUCUCAGGUGAAGAAGAAGAAGAAGAAGAGGAGGAGGAGGAGGUAGAAAAUGAAGAAGGUGAACAAGAGGAGGACAGAGAGGAGCAAGAGGAUGAAAAGGACGAGGUGACAGUUCUUUUGGAGCAGGAGCAGCGCUCGGUUGCUGACGAUACCGUUUUGAGGCGCACGUAUCUGCAGCGAAUUUAUCGACAGCUGCAGAGUACACAUCCCGAGCAGGACGACACAGUGAUUCGGCAGCUUGCUACAAGUAUUGAAGUGCAGGCCUGUCAAAAGGUCAAGACGCGGGAUGCCUACGUGGCGGCAAUGGAUCAAGAGAUUCAUAAGCUUUUGCAGAUUGAAAUUGCUCAAGCCAACAGCGCCGUUGUGUAUUCGGGCGAAGGCCAGCGUUUUGAGAAUGUGCACCACGAUACUCGAACUCAGCAGUCUGGAAUGCCAAGUGGGAUUCAAAGCAGUUACUUGUCGAAUCAGACCUCGCAGGCAUGUAGUUUUGAGUAUGUGCAAGCGCUCGCGAAGGUGCGAUCUCAGGAAUCAUGCGGUAGCGACGGAUCGUCAGCAUUCCCUGUACCUGGCCAGACGAGUGGCGACAGUUUUUUGGCAUUCUAUGCACCACAUCCAUCGGUAAGUGCAGAAAACUCGUUCCAGUCGCUGAUGAAUGAUCAGACGGAGUCAUGUGGACGCAGCGAUUUGCGCACACCGUUACAGCAUCAACAAUUGAACACAAUCAGCAGGGGCAUGAACAUGCGGAAUCACCGGCAACUGAGAACCCAAUGUAAUCCCACAACUUCGAUGGUGUCGCCAUCUAGUCAGAACUUUUCGGUGCAGAGCAACGUUGGAAACCCGCCAAGGCAAGCAUUAUCCCAAAGCGACAGGAAAGCACAACAGCAGCUGGAAGGUUUUCCAAAACACCCACAGUACAUGCAACGACCCGACUCGACGCGCACACAGCAGCGUUUUGCGAGCUUUCAAGAAUUUUCAGCACAAAUCCAGCAUCUGGACAAAUCUGUGCUCAUCGAAUUACUGUGGAAUCAAAGGAACGCUUUGGCCCGAUGGCAGCGUCACGCGAAGCAGCUCAAUGUCCAACUAUUUGCACAGCAGAACGCUGUUGGCAGUGCGGGAGGGUCCGUGUUCCAUUCUCCUUACAAGGUGCCUGUUGUUGGCGGAGGCAGUUACUUUGAUCCUAAGGUACCUGCGGACGCCGAGUUGCGUCAAUAUCGACAAGAGAAUAUUUCUCGGAGGCCGCAGUUUUCCUGCCCACCACAAUCAAGCGAGGGAAGUUCCGCGCGCAUGCAAGCGGCUGUUGGCGGCGUGAAUCGGAGGGAUAUUGUACAAGUGUAUUGGGACAAAGUUCAAGCUUUGAAGACGGCACACACUGAACACCUGCACAUUGCAAAGCGAGCGCUGGUCAACAAUUGCGCACCUCCCAAUACGCUUUACAGUGUGAAGGCUCAAUCAGUGAUGAACAAUAUUGACUUGGUGAUCGAUAUCCUACACGAGCAAUCCACGAACGUGCUGCCACGGAAAAUGGACGUGCUAACUUCGAUUGAGCGCUUCAUCCAGAUAACAGUCGUGCCCAUCGUACGAAAAGUUCGAUCUUCAUUUAUUGCUCCGACAUCUCAACCGACGAGCUCAUUACCAGUAAUGGGAACGAGUUCAGCUACAGAAAAUUCAGGUAUGCUGCCUGCACGAGAUAGCCCGGUGGGCAUCACCGGGCAACAAACGGAUUGCACACAUCAUGCUGGAUCUGGAUGGUCUCCUGACACUUUUUCUAGCUUGAGAAAUUUGUCACGGCAAUCAUCGCGUGAAACAUGUUCGGAUUCUACCGAAACGGAUAGCUUUUCGGGUCGACCAGGUGACGACUGCCCAAACACUCCAACACGAAUGAUGGAUGGAUUCUCUGCUGCAGUUGGUAACAGCCCAUCCGGCAGCGUGAGCGCAAUUUCUGGGUAUGCACCGGUUCGACCGGAAAGCAAGGAUGCCAUAGCAAUGCAAGCCAAAACCUCCACAGAUCAGGUGUCGGAGUUUAAGGCUAGAAGGGUGCAACAAGAACAAUUUCUUCCCACGUCCGAGCUCCGUUUGCCAACAGAUUCCGACUUGCGACCUCCGAGCUCGCCAGGUGGUAACACGAAGGAGAGUAAGGAGUUGCAGACAAACGUCGACGACUUGAACGAUUUUGCCGACUUCCCUGAGCUGACUUUUGAUGAAGACGGCAGCAGUUUUGCGAGAGAAAACAACCCGUCGACUGUUUCGAGAAAGCGAGGAAUCGAAGAGGUGUAA